AUGAGACCCAUCGGAACAACAUCAUUACCAGAAGCCAAUGAGGCUGAAAAGAAAGAUCCCAAAGAAUGCAACCACGUCCAUGAUGAUAAGAGAUCACACGGCAAAGGCCGUAGUAGAAACAAAGGACGUGGCCGUGACAACUACUCAUAUGGCCGGUUAGGAAACAACAAUAACCGUGGUCGGGGUUCCAGCUAUGGCUGUGACCGAGGCAGUUAUGGCCGUGGUCGAGGCGGCAUAUCCAAACCGUCUAACUCGACCAAAUCAGCUUGUCACAGAUGCGGGAUGAAGAGCCUUAAGAACAAGAACCCGGAAGCCCAUAUGGUUCAUGAUACCGGGUAUGAUGCUGAUGAUGAUUCCGACCUUGAAAAGGAGGACCUCUUGGAUUUUGAGACUUCUGAUUGUCUCAAAGACUAA